AUGUCACAACGUUCUAAACGAGUAGCUUUUUCAGUGGAAAGUCUACGAGAAGAAGUAGACCAAGAAAUAGAUCAAGAGGCAAUUGAUAACAAAUUGUUAAGUGAUAUUAGAGCUAUUGAUCUGAAUUUGGUAGACUGCAUUUCGGCACAAAUCAUUUUUUGCGCUGUACUUGUUAAAUUCAGUCUCAACACUGUUUGUGCUUUUGCUAAUAUUGUCCCAUCGUUAUGUGUACUGCCUAUAAAAAUACGUGGGGAAGUUUUGAAGUUGUUGCAUCCACAUAUAUCUGGAAAUGACGCCGAAACACUUUUCAAAUGCAUGAGAAAGGUGAACCUGCCGAAUCUGGUAAAUUCUUCAAAUACCAGUCUAGUUCAUGUAUUUGCACCGCCAUACGGACACUGUCUUGAUUGCAAUUUGUCGUUAGUCCGUCAUAAUGACCCAGUAAAAGUCCAGUACCAUCAUCAUUAUGGUACAAGUGAAGGAAUUAAAGUAUCCUUAAAGUGUAGUCGGUGCAAAAUGUUUUAUGGUUAUUCAAAGUAUGGCAACCCUGAAACUGGAUGGAAAUUGUAUCCUGAAGCCAGAACGUCAGUAGAAGCAUCUGAUGUGUGUCUUGUGGAGAGAUCGCUACUAAAAUGGCAAAUAUCUUUAGCGUAAGUUUAAUAUGGGUUAUGAUUUUCAGUUUUGCAUGAAUACUGACUGCAUCCACGAUUUUUUUUGCAUCAAUACCGGCUGUGAAUGAUAACAUGGCAUGUUAUUGCAUGUUUGAAACUUCAGUAAUUUCUUACUCGUGGAAAUGAUACUUGUUUGUAACUUUAGUUCUCUUUUUUUCUACGGUGCCUCAAUUAAAAUAGAAAUCAUAGUUGGGUGAGCUUUUCUGGGUUUUCCACAGCAUUCAAUGAAGUAUUUGAUCAGCUUGGGUCCAAAGACGAAGGUAUAUAUAAUCGUGCAUAUAUUACGUUUGCUCCAAUGGCUGUAGUGCCUAUAUAAUGCUUAAUUGAUAGUAUAUUAAUAUUUUAGCAUAUUCAGUUUCUGUUGCAUGCUUAAGGCUCGCACAGCCUAUAUUAUUAGAAUAUAGACCGGCCUAUUACAACACUGUGUGCAUGUGUAUUGCGACACCUUUGACUGAAUGCGGUAUCAGUUUUUAUCUGGACCAGAAAGUGAACGGCCGAUUUAAUAUUGUAUCCUGCCCGCUCUGACCUAUUUUACUGCUUCUAUUUAUCAGCAGAAUUACUCUAAAGGUUUUGUGCUCAUAACUUGUCAUAAUGUCAAUAGCGAGUCAUUUUAGUUUGUUAGCAGUUUUAAUGUCGUUAUAUAGUUCCCCGGCAUAUACUUGCGCUGUUUGUUUUUAAUAUCUUCUUUGGCUUCACAACUGCCUUCUGACUCUGUAGGUUUUGGAGAGAAACAAUGUGCGGCUGCGUUUUGGAACGGCGAACUUGAGGAAGAGCUAAGGGAGAGUGGCACUUUAGAGUUUUUUGGAUUGAUGAAGAAAGAUGAUGAUCGCGAAAAAAUUAUGGAAGAAGUAGACAAAAACAGAGCUAAAUCUGUAUAUAAACAUUCACAGGAAGAUUGUUCAGAAGGAUGCAAGACUAGAGGUUAG